UCUGUAGAUGUAUAAGUGUAAUUGUGUAAUUGUAUAUCACAUGCAUCAUUGUUAUUAUUACUAAGGUUUAUAUAGCACCAGCAUAUUCCAUAGUAAUGUACAGUGGAUGGGUGUGUAUAUUGAACAUACAGAUUAUGAUAGUUUUUACCCUUUAACUUAUAUUAUGUACCAGCAGGCAUGUUAUCUAACUCACAUUAUUUUCCUGAGGGAUAUGUUUGAACAUAAUUGUAAAAAUGACACUAUUUCUGUCUCCUGUUAAUGAUUAACUUUAUUUCAUCGAUGUUGACUUUCUGGGUGAGAGACAAGGUAGGGAGCCUUAGCCUGGUACCUGCACUUCCUGGAUGUGCCUUGCACGGCCCUCACUGAAAUCACUGGGAUCCCGUAUUUCAGCCACUCGCUGUACAGAGCUUUCCAUAAUAACAUGUCAGCAACAAGAGCCACACCUGGUCAGCUGGUAAUAUCUAUGAACAAGUGAUGCGGGGUAAAUUUCGGCACAGCCGCCAAGGAACUCCAGGUCAUGCCCUACCUUGCCCAUACUGCAAAUCUUCAACUUGCUGGGUUUGCAUUUGCUACUGUUGGCUGGAUUUUGGGCUCAAUCACUACAGGACUUGUACAAUGGAGAGUUUGGUAUGUGUCUAAUACCACCAUCAUUUCUUCUGGCAUUGCUUGGAUAGGCAUCUGGCGAACAUGUUUCUUCAGUGAUCUACUAGUAUCUCCUGACCAAAAGGUAAUGUACUGCCAGGAAUUCAAUGUUCAGGAUUCCUUUGUACCACGGGAGAUUUUUGUUGCACAAGGACUCAUGAUAGUAGCUAUUAUACUGGGGGCAGCAGGAAAAGCAUUUUGCGUCUUUGGACUUAAGAAUGUAUAUCAAGGUAGACCUAAUGUAACUGUGAUCCCAAGAAGGUUUAUUGCUGGAGGAGUGCUCACUAUGCUCUCUAGUGUGUGCAUUAUAAUUCCAGUGGCGUGGAACCUACAUUCGGUUGUAAACAACUUCAGCAUAUACUUUCCAAGUUCCUAUGAUAUGCCGUCCAGCCCAGAGAAGCAGGAAGUUGGUGCUGCUAUUGCUGUCGGGAUUGUGUCUGCUAUUCUUCUGUUCAUUAGUGGGGCUUUUUUUCUUUCUUACAAACUGCCUUACCAUAUGGAUCCAAGGGUCUUUCCAUUGUCUUCUGGUGAUAUACUUUGUGAUGGUCUAAGUUUCGCCACUAGUGGAACAUCCAGGACUAGAAGCAUUGCAUCCAGAAGAAGUUCAAAUCACAUACUAAAUUGUGAUGGAAUUCCUAAUGGCGCUUUUGAAUUAGAUGAAAAGUUGUAAAUAUAUAUUUUUCUUUUGAUUUCUAUUGUUUUCGUCCUAUUGAUUUAAUACAAGUAAAUUAUUAUUACAGCUCAGUUGCAAAAUGAUGUUUAUAAUGUUACUUUUAAGAAAAUUAUUAAAGGUCACAUAUUUUGUUUAUACUUAAAGGGGCGGCUCACCUUUAGGUUAACUUUUAGUAUGUUAUAUACUGGCUAAUUCUAAGCAACUUUUCAACUGGCCUUAAUUUAUA